AUGGCUGCGAUGAUCGGAUUUCACUUCUCAUGGAGCAAACCGAUAUCGUUUUCCUCAUUGUUCUCCUCGCCGGAACCCAAUUCACUGCACUCAAAGCUGUCUCUCCUCUCUCUCAAACCCGCUCCACAGCCGUGGAAAUCGACGGUUAUCCGUAUGGGCGACGGUCCGAGGACGUUUCCCGGCGGUGUAUCAAAGUGGCAGUGGAAAAGGAUGCAGGCGAAGAAGCAGAAACAGCUCCUCAAGGCGCGUCUAUCCCAUGAACGCCAGAUUUACGAGAUGCAGAAACGAGCCGAGCUCAAGGCAGCGGUGGCCGAGCUUGAGCGACCAUGGGAGCCAGUUCAGAAGCCGCCAAAUCUAUUCUCAGUAUGUGCCGACGAGCAAGUCAAGGUCCUCGCGGACCGGUUUCAGAAACCCGGCGGAUUCGAUCUAUGGACCGAUCGGGAUGAUCCACAGCUGUUUGAGGCCGUCGAUGAUUUGCCUUCUGCUAGGUUUUUCCCUAAAGGUGUGGUUCACAGUGUGAAACCUUAUCAAAAGUUACCAAGAUCUGUUGGUUCAGAUGGAGAAAAGAAUCCGCCGAAACGCGAAGAAAUUGGGGUGAAAUUCGAUGAAAUUAGCAGUGAUGGGAGGGUGACUAAAGAUAAUAGGAUGUAG